AAUUUCUGGUCGGUUCAGAACUCAACAACUAAGUGCCAACCCACAAACCCAAAGCGCCAAAUGAAAAAGCAAAAGCCAUUUCUCUGAGAGAGAAAGAGAGAGAUGCAGACGACGGUCUCCAAGGCCUCUUCCGCCAUGGUCUCCCUCUCUUGCUCUAGGGGGAGGAGUGGGCUGUGUGUGUGGCCUGGGAUGCGGCAGCUUUGCUUUAGGAAAGGCCUCUUGUAUGGAUUCAUGCAACUUUUGUCUGUGCCGUUGAAAUCCUUGCGCGGAGCGGCGAGUCGAUCGCUUGAAGUUUCUCAGUUCUGCAGUGUUUCCAAAAUCUCGGCCUCGUUGCAAAUCGAAUUGGUACCGUGUCUUAGAGAUAACUAUGCGUAUCUUCUGCACGAUGUGGAUACUGGCACAGUUGGUGUUGUAGAUCCUUCUGAAGCUGUUCCUGUUAUAGAUGCUUUGAGUAAGAGAAACCGAAAUCUGACAUAUAUACUGAAUACUCAUCAUCAUCAUGAUCACACUGGGGGAAAUGCAGAGUUAAAAGCAAGGUACGGUGCAAAGGUGAUUGGUUCAGGAAUAGACCGAGACAGAAUUCCUGGCAUUGAUAUCGUUUUAAACGACGGAGACAAAUGGAUGUUUGCAGGCCAUGAGGUCCAUGUUAUGGGGACGCCUGGUCAUACCAAAGGUCACAUCAGCUUCUACUUUCCCGGAUCAGGGUCAAUAUUUACAGGAGACACUUUGUUCAGCCUAUCAUGUGGCAAAUUGUUUGAAGGAACACCUGACCAGAUGCAGUCUUCCCUUACAAAGAUCAUGUCUUUGCCAGAUGAUACAGAAGUAUACUUUGGUCAUGAAUAUACAUUGAGUAACUCUAAGUUUGCCUUAUCUAUUGAACCUGAGAACGAGGCACUUCAGUCCUACGCAGCCCGUGUCGCACAUCUUCGCAGCAAAGGCGUGCCUACGGUUCCUACUACAUUGUUACUGGAGAAGGCUUGCAAUCCUUUUCUUCGCACAUCCAGUACAGAGAUCCGGCAGUUGUUAAAUAUAUCAGCCUCAGCAAGUGAGGCGGAAGCCUUGGGUGUCAUACGCCAAGCCAAGGAUGCUUUUUGAUGUUUGUCGGGUCCUUGUUUCAUUUUCUGUUUGUAUAGCAGAUAGCUGUCGAGUAAAUGUAUCCAUAUAUUUUUCGAGUCCGACUCUUUUGGUUAAAUUCAAGCUAUGCUACUGCAUUUGUUGCCAAGUGUCUAAACAUUUAAUGCUCGUUCAUUUAACUUGUCCUUGUUCUUCUCA